GGAGGUGACGCGUGCGGCGUGUAGGUGAUAUUUCAUGAUAGUUUGACACGUAUCUCAAACGUGGAGAAGCUACAAAGCAAGAGAAUAUUAUGACAUAUAAGAAACCAUGAAGAACUCAGCUAUAGCUCCAAUGAUGAGACAGGAACGAAAAGAAGAUCAAAAGAAAAGACAAUGGAGAAGAAACAGAGUGAUCAGGAGAAGAGGGAGAGAAAGCCAGAGAGUGAAGGAGAGAUGGGAAAGUUAGAAGCAGGGCUUCCUUUGGAGACCAGUCCCUAUGUGAAUUAUGGGGACUUGGAAGAUUACAAGCGUCAAGCUUAUGGAACUGAAGGUCACCUCGAGCCCAAGACUGGUCGUGGCGCUGGAGCCACUGAUGCCCCAACUCCCUCUGGUGCUGCUGUCUCAUCUGACACUACUGCUACUAAUGUCACUAAUCGCCAAGGGCUCCCCUAAUUGUGUUGUUGUUCCUAGCGAUGGAGCUUAAUCUAAGAGUGUGAGAGGUCUUUUUUUCGUUUUUGUUUUUGCUUUUUUGGUUUUUAAUCUUUUUUCACCAUGGUAAAUCAUAUAUUCAUAUCUAAAUCUCUGUUCCAAAUGAGAUAUAGGAAAUGUGGUUUUUAUACGAGUGUGGUCUCUUUUCUUUUCCUUGUCUGAAUAAGAUGACUUUAUUAGAGAAACAA